AUGUGGAAGCGUCUACUAGUCCACCUGCCUACGACUUUUUCAGAAGAUCGGAUCAGCAAAGACAAUCUCGUUAUUUAUUCCGAUUACCCAGAAACAGUCGGGGACUUCAGCAUCAUCGACGUUUUAGCGAACACGUCGGAAACUGCUAGGGCCAGAUCGGACUUCGAGGUCUACCGCACCCAGGUCGAGUUUGCGAACAACAACGUGUACGCCGAAUCUGCUGGUGUGGCAGGCGACAAUUAUGGACCGCCUGGUGGUUGGGUCAUCGACAAGUACAAAUUCCUUCCUCUCAUCCAGCAUGCUGGCGAGAAUUGGCCGAAGGCAAAGUGGUAUAUCUACAUGGAGGACGAUGCCUAUCUGUUCCUUCCAAACGUCCUAGCCUAUCUAUCGACUUUCGACUGGCAGCAGCCUCACUACCUUGGUAGCUACGCCGCGAAAUCAGAUGUCGUGUUUGCCCACGGCGGCGCUGGAUUUGCGCUGUCGAGGGGCGCAUGGGAGCAAUCAUUUGGCCGCAACCCCAACAUGGCCGAGGACUUCAAUCAGUACACGGCUGAUCACUGCUGUGGUGAUCAGGUUCUGGGUCUUGCUCUUAACAAAUAUUUCAAAUUGGAGAAGGGCUGGAAUUUCACAAAACCGCUACGUCACUGUGACUUCUUCAACGAGAUGAUUGCACCAGCUCUCCAGAAACGGAUUGAGUGGUGGGACAAUCAGUCCGAGCUCUUCAGAGUCACCUCCGCAAACAAGGAGGCUCCGCCCACCCCCGAGGGCAAGCACAAUAACGCCCUCUGGAAGCAAGCGUGGCAGUCUGUCGAUGCUUGUGAAGCCGCCUGCAGGGGCUGGGCUGAAUGCGUGCAGUGGAGCUAUGUCGAGGACCUGUGUAGGAUGGACGACAAAGUGCUUAUGGGCCAGGGUUACGCGCCAACCAUGUCAGAGAGGAAAACUGCUCUGAUGACUACAAGCGGGUGGUUCAAAGAAAGACUCGACAAAUGGCACUGUGCUUAG